AUGGUUGUGAUUUACAAUCUGUUAAAAGAUCACACUGUCAAAGAAAUUAGUUUCGCCGAUUGGAAUUCACCACCAAUUGAUGAGCAUGUUGAUAACGAUGAAGUCAACCAUCCUUCUGUAAAUGAAGUUGAUGAGGAUGGUAGAGAGAUCAAUAAGAUUUUUGAACCUAGGGUUGAGCACCAAGUCAAGAUUGUGUAUGUGAAGGAAACUUUAGAGUUUAUGAACGAGGUGCUCUUUGGCCCUCGGUUGGAGAUGGUUUUUGGUCACAGGGCUGUGUUUGGCUUAUGGCCCUCUAGCCCCUUGGUUGGAGAUGGCCUCGCCGGAUCAAAUGAGACAGAUAAACUGGCCUUGCUUGAAUUCAAGGCCAGGAUAACCAGUGACCCCUUUGGUAUCAUGACUUCAUGGAACGAAACCAUCCACUUUUGCCAUUGGUACGGUGUUACAUGUGGUCACCGCCACAAGAGGAUCACAAUGUUGAAGUUGCGGUCCUUGAAACUUGGAGGCUCUAUAUCACCACAUGUUGGAAAUUUGAGCUUCCUCAGAGUGUUUAGUCUCAUAAACAACAGCUUCCGCCAUCAAAUUCCUCCAGAAAUUGGCCGCAUGCGCAGGCUGCAACGUUUGGUAUUGCAAAAUAAUUCAUUGAGUGGAGAAAUUCCCGCUAAUUUAUCAGGUUGCUCAAAACUCAACCGGAUAUAUGUUGGCUUCAAUUCGUUAGAAGGUAGUAUCCCUAAGGAGCUUGGCACCUUGUCAAAGCUAAAAGAAUUUGUUAUUGACUUCAACAACUUUAGAGGAAGAAUCCCCUUCUCUUUUGCCAAUUUGUCAUCUCUUGAAGUGAUUGCUACACUUUUUAAUAAUUUUGGUGGCAGUAUUCCAGAUAUCUUUGGUCGACUGACCAAUCUUUAUUUUCUUGGAUUGGAUGAAAAUGAAUUUUCUGGUAUGUUCCCUUCCUCAGUUUUCAAUCUCUCUUCUCUCGAAACCUUUGCUGCCGUAGAAAACAAACUUCAUGGCACUUUUCCUUCAAACUUAGGCAUUGCCUAUCCAAGACUGCAAACCUUUGCCAUUGGUUUGAAUCAAUUCAGUGGAACUAUUCCCGUUUCAAUAUCUAAUGCCUCUAAUCUAUUUGAGCUAGGACUCGGAUCUAAUCAAUUGCAUGGAGAAGUUCCCUCUUUGAAAAAUUUACACAAGCUCGGGAGGUUUAAUCUUGCUUAUAACCAUCUUGUAAGCGGGGGAAUUGGUGAUGACUUGAGCUUUCUCUGCGAUCUGACUAAUGCCACCCUUUUACAAUCUUUGUAUAUCCAUUCAAACAAAUUUCGUGGUACGUUGCCUCAAUGCAUAGCCAACCUAUCUUCUUCUCUUGUAUCUUUUUCUAUAGCCGAGAAUGAUAUAUUUGGCACUAUCCCAAAUGGGAUGGAAAAUCUGCAUAACCUGGAAAGCCUAAUGAUAUUUAGCAACCAGUUUGCAGGUCCCAUCCCCCCCAAAAUAGGAAAGCUCCCCAAAUUAUAUCAAGUUGGUAUGGCCAUGAACUCUCUCUCUGGGAAUGUUCCAUCCUCUUUCGGAAAUUUAAGUCGAUUAACUAAUCUAUAUCUAGAGGAUAACAACCUUCAAGGCAGCAUCCCUUCAAGUUUGGCCGAGUGUCACAACUUGGAGAUCUUAUCUCUUAGCAGAAACAAUUUAAGUGGUACCAUAUCUCCUGAAGUCAUUGGUGGUCUGUCUUCUUCGUAUAUUUUUGUGGAUUUAUCUCGAAAUCAUUUUACUGGCUUUGUUCCCAAGGAAGUCGGACAUUUGAUAAAUCUAGAGCAUUUUGAUGUUUCCGGAAACAUGUUAUCUGGUGAGAUUCCAGCAAGUCUUGGAAGUUGCAAAAUCAUACAAUAUCUUGACAUGCAAGAAAACUUCUUCCAAGGGACAAUUCCAUCAGAUAUGAGUUCACUAAGAGGUAUUGAAUUCUUAUCUCUCGCUCGCAACAACUUGUCAGGCACAAUUCCAAAAUUCUUGGAGCAAUUUACAUUUCUACAAUCUUUGAAUUUGUCUUAUAACAAUUUAGAGGGAGUCAUACCAACUAAAGGAGUUUUUCAGAAUGCAACUGCCACAUCAGUCCAAGGGAAUACAAAGCUCUGUGGGGGCAUACCAGAGUUUAAAUUGCCAAAAUGCAAAUUUCGACAUUCCAGCAAGAGAGGGUUGAGCCUAACCUUGAAACUGAUAAUCUCUCUCCUUUGUGGGCUUUCUGGAGUCACUUUUUCAUUGGCGUUUUUGUACGUUUGUUGCUUUCAGAGGGUAAAGAAGGAGCAUCCUUCAAGUGAUUCUGAAAUUUUUCCAAAGAUGUCUUACCAAAGUCUUCUUAAAGCUACUGACGGAUUCUCUUCUGCCAACUUGAUUGGUACAGGAAGUUUUGGGUCAGUUUACAAAGGAUUACUUGAUCAAGGGGAAACAAUCAUUGCCAUCAAGGUACUCAACCUUUUUGCUCAUGGGGCUUCCAAAAGUUUUACAGCCGAGUGUGAGGCCUUGAAAAAUAUUAGACACCGCAACCUUGUGAAGGUACUUUCUACAUGCUCAGGAUCUGACUAUCGUGGUUGUGAUUUUAAGGCUUUAAUUUAUGAGUACAUGGUGAAUGGGAGCUUAGAUGAAUGGUUGCAUCCAACUCAGACAAGUAUUGAGACGAAUGAGAGGCCACAGAGCUUAACUUUUUCUCAGAGGUUGAACAUUGCUAUGGAUGUUGCAAUGGCAUUGGAUUAUCUCCAUCAUCAGUGUCACGUGCCAAUAGUUCAUUGUGACCUUAAACCCAGCAAUGUUCUUCUCAAUGAUGAUAUGAUUGGACAUGUAGGUGACUUUGGGUUGGCGAGAUUCCUUCCAAAAACUCCUGAAGAUGGUUUUGGUAAUCAAUCAAGCUCCAUCGAAGUAAAAGGAACAAUCGGGUAUACUCCUCCAGAGUAUGGUAUGGGACAUGAAGUGUGGACACAAGGUGACGUGUACAGUUACGGCAUCCUCUUGCUGGAAAUGUUUACUGGAAAGAGGCCAACCAGUGACUUGUUUCAAGGAACUUCAAAUCUCCACAACUUUGUCAAGGCAGCUCUGCCUAAGCACGUGGUAGAGAUUGUGGAUCCUGUUCUUGUUCAGGAAAAAGAGGAAGGGGAGACGAGCGCAGACCAAUGUUUUACUAAGGCUAGCACAAAGAUCCACAUCAAAUUUGAAGAAGGCUUGAUUUCAAUUUUGGAAAUCGGCCUUGCCUGCUCUGCAGAGUUGCCUAGAGAAAGAUUGGACAUCACUGAUGCUGUGGCUGAGAUGUGUCGGAUCAGAAACAAACUUCGAUCCGAUAAAAUGUUGGAUUAG